AUGAACAAUAAUCAGGAUAUGCAUGAGGAUGACUACUACUCGAUCAAAGCUGCAAAUCUUCAUGAGCCCGCUGCAGAAGUAGUAUUCACUCCCAAGCUUACCGCUACUUCCAACAUGACCCAAAGUCAUGUGUUAUCAUUCAACCACCAGCAGCAUGAUCAGGAGGUUGGAGUGAAGUCGUUGCAAGGCCGGAGUGGCGGUGAUGAUUGCUAUAAUGGUCACCAACCUUCCUCUGCAGCUUCGCAGCCAAGUUCCCGAUGGAAUCCAACCCCAGAGCAGUUACGGGUUCUGGAUGAGCUGUUCGGACAUGGAUUAAAGACACCGACGGCACAGCAAAUCCUACAAGUGACUGCACGGCUUCGACACUUUGGAAAGAUUGAAGGCAAGAAUGUCUUCUACUGGUUUCAGAACCACCGAGCGAGGGAGAGACAGAAGAGACGAAGAGAACUCAUGUCCAUGCGUCAGUAUCACUCUAAGGAACAACAACUUUGGAGUAACAAAGAAUCUGCAGGAGCUGCAGGACUGAGAAGGUCAGGUACUCUUGAAAUUGAGCACCAGAAUAAAUGGACACUAUCAAACUGCGGUGUUCUUGCUGAUCAGGAAUUAUCUCCAGGGUUGCGGAAGAGGAUGAGCAUGGUGACGGGUAAUUACUCCGGUCAAUUGGAGGAGCAAUCCUAUUCAGCUACACAGACCCUGGAAGCACGCGCAGCUACAUUAAUAUACCCAAAGCUCUUGGACUAUCAUCAUCCCCAUUAUGAUUAUGAUUAUGAUUAUGAUUAUGAUUAUGAUUACGGUACUGUGUUGAGUGCACCCAAUAUUUACAAAGGAGCAGAAAGUAGAUUAGAAGCUCAAACUCUGGAGCUCUUUCCACUUGAGAGCGACAAUGUUAAGGGUGUUAAUGAAUCACCUAUGAUCAGAACUACAAACAUAGACAGUAAUAAAGACUUCAUGGCAGACCUAUAUUUUCAAUUUCUUUGAAGAAUCUGAGAAUCAGAGUAUUUAGCUAGAAAUCUCCUUGAUUUGGAAGCGUUUG